CGGCCAUGUGCCGGGCCGGGAUACCCAUAACGCGGGCGCAGGCCUCCAUCUGCUGAGCCACCAACGGCUUGGUGGGCGCGAGGAACAGCACCUUGCCGGAGGGGAACCAGCGGUAGAAGUUGUACAUGACGACGGCGGCCACGAAGGUCUUACCCAGCCCGGUGGGCAGACAGACCAGCGUGUUCCCCAGCAAGGCGGCGCGGGCCAUGCGCACCUGGUAGCCGCGCUCCGGGUAGUUGGUGGGGUAGAUCCAAAUGGACCCCGCGGCCGCGCAGAAACCCGCCACGGGGCUCGGGUCCGCCUCCGCUGCCGCCGCCAACAGCAGGUCAUCGUCUGCUACUUCCUCCUCUUCCUUCUUGCUGUUCUUCUCCGGCGCCUUCCCGCCCCCAGCCCACCACGCCUGAGGUAAAGUGCACUGCCGCCCGCUGCUCAUCCUCCUUCAGGGCGCCGCCGCGCGGCGCGGCUCCCGCCUGCUCUGAGGUAACGCACACCGAGGUACAACACCCGCCAUCUUCUCAGCGCAGCCGCUUGAAAACCCCUCGAGAGCCACCAGAGGGACAAGAAGGCGGGAUAGAGGGCGGCGAACCCGGGGUUAAGGUUCCUCCCGCCCCGCCUCCCGUCCGUGCGGCCGCUCCCGCGGGGGUGACGGGAAGGUUGGGCGGUGCGUGAGGAGGAGGCGGUGGCGGGCGGGAAAAUGGCGGCGGCGACGGCGGGUCCGGCGCAGCCCUGGAGCGCUGAGGAGCUGCGGAGUGAGGCGCUGCCGAAGAAGGAUAUCAUCAAGUUCCUUCAGGAGCAUGCAGCCCAGGCGUUCCUGGCGGAGCACAAACUGCUGGGGCAGGUGAAGAACGUGGCGAAGACGGCGAAUAAGGAGCAGCUCAUCGCGGCCUACACGCAGCUUUUCCACACGCAGCGGUUCAAGGGCACGGACGGCGCGGAGAAGACGACGGAGAAGGCAAAGCCCACUAAGGCGGAGGAGGCCAAGGGGAAAGCAGUGAAGCCUGAAGAGGCCGUGGAAGAGGGGCCGCCAAAGUAUACAAAAUCAAUUUUAAAGAAGGGUGAUAAAACCAAUUUUCCAAAGAAAGGAGACACUGUUCACUGCUGGUAUACAGGAAAGCUACAGGAUGGAACAGUCUUCGAUACCAAUAUUCAAACAAGUUCAAAGAAGAAAAAAGCAGCUAAACCUUUAAGUUUCAAAGUUGGCGUAGGAAAAGUAAUCAGAGGUUGGGAUGAAGCUCUCUUAACAAUGAGUAAAGGAGAGAAGGCUCAGCUGGAAAUUGAACCCGAGUGGGCAUAUGGCAAGAAAGGCCAGCCUGAUGCCAAGAUUCCACCAAAUGCAAAACUUUUCUUUGAGGUGGAAUUGGUGGAUAUCGAAUGAAAUGAAGCAUUUCCUUUGCUGCUGGGAAUCUGUUUACGAUCAAGAAAGCUUCUGGCAAUGCUCUUGCAACUCCCCAAGCCAGUUACAGCUGUGGCCUUGUACUUGAAAUCAUGUUGGUUGUCCCUGCCCCAAUGCUGUACAGUAACAUACCACUAAAGAAAACAUAGUUUGUACAUGCA